CUCAAAUUAUUAUUAUUAUCCAAAGUAAAAGUCGAGCGUCACGCGCGAGAGGGUGAGAACAUAAAAACUGGUCGGUCCGCGACGUUUUACGCUAGCAGAGUGGCGAAAUCAGACAUUGCUUUCUCUUCUCUCCCUUCUCAAUAUCUCCGCCGUCAACUUCGCCUGAAAUUUCGGGUAGCCGUCUCCGGCGAUUUGUGAUCUCUACCGUACCUUUGAUUGUUCGAAUCUUGAGACUCUUUCAUGGUUUUCGUGAUGAAAUCUGGUGAGGCGGUUCGUGAACUGGAUUGGCGAAGAGAUAAGACGGCGCCGGUGAAGGUGGAAUUGGUCGCCGAUGAUCACUUGGAGGAAGAAUAUGCCCAUCUCAAUAAACGAUCCAAGCUUACUGCUCCCUUUCAGUAUCAGGUAGGAACCGGAGCCACUGUAUCUCCGGCCCAGUAUAACCCACUGGAUGAGCCAAGCCCAUUGGGCUUGAGUUUAAGGAAGAGCCCAUCACUUCUGGAUUUGAUCCAGAUGAGGCUCUCUCAUGGAAAGGUGGUGUCCAAAGCUGGAAAAAGAGACCAAAAAGGCAAUUCCAGUAGUACUACAGAGAAACUAAAGGCUUCUAAUUUUCCUGCAUCAGUUCUCAGUAUUGGUAGCUGGGAGUAUAAGUCGAGGUACGAAGGGGAUUUAGUGGCUAAGUGUUACUUUGCUAAGCAUAAACUGGUGUGGGAAGUUCUUGAUGGCGGUCUCAAGAAUAAGAUUGAGAUCCAAUGGUCUGACAUUCUGUGGUUAAAAGCAACUUACCCAGAUGAUACACCUGGAACUUUGGAUGUUGUGUUGGCAAGGCAACCACUUUUCUUUAGGGAGACCAACCCGCAACCGAGGAAACACACUUUGUGGCAAGCGGCUUCUGAUUUCACGGGUGGACAGGCUAGCACAUACAGGCGCCAUUAUCUGCAGUGUCCACAAGGCUUGUUAGGAAGGCAUUUUGAGAAGCUUAUUCAAUGUGAUCCGCGUCUGAACUUUCUAAGCCAACAAGCAGAGAUAAAAUUAGAUACUCCUUAUUUUGAAUCCAAACCUGCUUGUGUAAUGUCAAUAUUUGAAGAACCGUCCGGUGAGAGUGUUACCACCGCUGGGACUGAAAAUUGCACAUUCGUCAAUGAUUUAUGUGACGCCAAUUCACCUUCAGGGGCUGCCUCACAGAGUGAACAAGAUCCUUUUGUUCAGUCUUUUGAAUCUAUUCGGCAUGAGGCUCCUUCCCCGAGCUCGGUGAUGGAUGCGCGGGUAGUCGAAGAUAUAAAGAGCAGAAGAGUAGUACAAGAAGAAUGGAAGGAUAUAGGAUCUGGGAUCCCAGUUCUACACCCGUCCAUGUCAAUGAGCGAUCUCGUGACCCAUUUUGAGCAACGAGUUUCCCAACAAAACCCCCAGCCCCUCUCGAGUGAGGAACACCAGAGUCUACAAAUCCUUGAGGAGAUAAAUCGAUGCUUGUUUAGCGACACUACUCAGUCAAACUCGGAUGAGAAGUCUCUAAUGUCUCGGGUCAACUCACUCUGCUCCCUUCUUCAAAAGGACCCUCCUCCCACCGGGGACACGUUUCAUCAUCCUCAUCAUCAAAGCAAUGAUAAUAACAACAGUGCAGGAAUAAUAACAAUGGGAGACAGUAAACUGGAGCAGGAGGGGGAUCAGAGACCAGCAGCGUCAAUGACAAGAAAGGACUCAGUCGGGGAUUUGUUGCUUAAUUUGCCAAGAAUUACGUCUCUUCCUCAGUUUUUGUUCAAUAUUGCUGAAGAUUCUGAUUGUCCUCAAUCUCGGUGAGAGACUUGCCUUUUCUGUGUAGAUAUAGCUGUUAGUGACUAACGAUGCUGUGUACUAAAUAGGAAUUGGUUCUAUUUCCAGAUACUUGUCCUUGUUUUACGUGGCUAUGUCAAAUCCUUAAAAGUUGGUGGGUGAUAUUAGUGGUUAGUUGAGCUUUUUCAGUUUUUAGCGAAUUCAAUGGUGUAAAUGGGUCUUGGACAAGAUUGUGAUUUAGAGAUGGAUAUAUUUGCAUCAUGCUAACUUAAUAGGGGUAUGCA